GAAAGGUCGAAGCGUCGUCUCUCUCGGCACGGAGCCUAGUGCCCGGCCUCGUGAGAUCCGAAAUUCAGAAGCGAGGAUGGCGACGACCGCGACUAGGCGGUGGUGGAGGCGGCACGACGGCGGCGACGAUGACCCAGACGACCUCGUCCCCAUGGACACCCAAGAGCAAGAAGAGCUGGUCCGGUCUCUGGAGGCUAAGCAGGCGCAGCAAGGCCGCCGUUGGAGGCGCGUCUUCGCGGGGUUCCUCCUAGGUUACGUGGCCUUCCUUGUCUACUCCAGUUUCCAUCAUGCUUGGUCUCCCUGGGAGCUGCGGUACCAUGCUUACUUCAUGGAAGAUUUGCCUGCACCAAUGGUCAUAAUUGCAGAUUGGAUAGCUGCUCUAGCAUGCCUAUUUGCUGUGAAAGGAUUACUACAGAAUUCAGGCCCAUCAAAGAAGUGGAUGUGGUAUUCUUGCUAUGUUGGCAUUUUGGUAGCCAUCUUUUGGACAUACUACAUCUUGAGGUUGCCAAGAAUUCGAUGGGAUGUUGCAUGGCUCCCACUCGGUCCUUUGAUGGCUGGUGCAUUGAGCCUGUAUGUGGACCAUGUGCUGCUGGAGUCAAUGCAAGAUAUCAGCACAUUGAGAAGUUACAUGUAUAACUUCAAGGCCUUGUAGUUUUGAGCAUAAUUUCCCUUGCACCUAUAUGCAGCUAUAUGUGGAACAGGUUCAGGUCAUUUCUCCUUUUUUUUAGUGGCAGAGUUGCGGUGGUACCUUGUUAAAUGGUGUGUUAGCAUGAAUUUUUAACCUCAGAGAAUACUUGUGCAUCACUUCCGCUCUGUGGCGGGUGUAUGUACAAGCUGUGGUGCCAAUAGGCACCGCGGCUGUUUGAAACACCCCCCUGCUUCAGUGCUUCUACUGAUGUCCAUAUUUGUUGUAGAAAUUGAUGAUUUUUGAGAGGCUUAGGUUGUGUUUGGUUGCGGGAUUGCUGGGGUCGACAUACUUCUUCUAGUAGUAGUACAACAGGUUCUAGUAGUAGUAUAACAGGGAGUGGAGUACUGCCAUGCUUGCGAUGAUAUGUGUGUUAGAUUAUGUGUUGUCUGCAGGAUUACAGU